CCCUCUGCGGCAACGAUGCUUUUCCAUGGCCUCCCUGGAGGCGACGUGCACGGUGUGGUGGAAGAAAUGGACCGGAGAGGAAAGAGCGAGUCAGCAGCCAUCAGCUCGGCCAUCGAUAUGGGGGAAUCAGAGACGUCCAUGCCGUGUAUGGCCGGCGAGCGCGUGGCUCUGUGCGCGGGCUGCGGGAGGAAGAUCGCGGACCGCUACUACCUGCUGGCUGUGGACAAACAGUGGCACAUGCGCUGCCUCAAGUGCUGCGAGUGCAAACUCAACCUGGAGUCGGAGCUCACCUGCUUCAGCAAGGACGGCAGCAUCUACUGCAAGGAGGACUACUACAGAAGAUUUUCGGUGCAGAGAUGCGCUCGGUGCCACCUGGGGAUCUCAGCCUCGGAGAUGGUGAUGCGGGCCCGAGACCUGGUCUACCACCUCAACUGCUUCACGUGCACCUCCUGCAGCAAGAUGCUCACCACCGGGGACCACUUUGGCAUGAAGGACAGUCUGGUGUACUGUCGGCUGCACUUUGAGACUCUCAUCCAGGGAGAAUAUCAGACACAUUUUAACCACGCGGACGUUGUCCCGCACAAAGGCCUGGGCCCGGCCAACACGCUCGGACUAUCCUACUUCAACGGCGUGGGGACAGUGCAGAAAGGCCGGCCCAGGAAGAGGAAGAGCCCCGGGCCGGGCGCCGAGCUGGCCGCUUAUAACGCAGCGCUGAGCUGUAACGAGAACGACGGUGAGUCCAUGGACCGGGACUCCCAGUACAGCUCCAGUCAGAAGACCAAGCGCAUGCGGACGUCCUUCAAGCACCACCAGCUGAGGACCAUGAAGUCAUACUUCGCUAUCAACCACAACCCAGACGCCAAGGACCUCAAGCAGCUCGCCCAGAAGACCGGCCUCACCAAGCGGGUCUUACAGGUCUGGUUCCAAAAUGCUCGGGCCAAGUUUAGGAGGAACCUGCUGCGGCAGGAGAGUACUGGGGGGGACAAGGCAUCGGACGGCUCCACGCUGCAGGGCGGAACGCCGUCGGGCCCGGCCUCGGAGAUCUCCAACGCCUCCAUGAGCCCCUCCAGCACCCCCACCACCCUGACAGACUUGACCAACCCCACCAUGCCCACCGUCACCUCCGUGCUCACCUCAGUGCCGGGCGGCAUGGACGUCCACGAGUGCCGGAGCCCGUCACAGACCACGCUGACCAGCCUCUUCUGA